GCGUGGCUAUUUUAGUAUGCGACGUGAAGGUUGGCGCCUUCGCCGGAGGCUAUUGGACUGCGCAUGGAGGGUGCUGCGGUCAGCGACAUCUGUUAAUGCUGCUCCCGUCCCGCUAUCCGCUAUCGCCAGCGAACGUCACGCAAUCUGGCACUGGUAUUCUUAACAACCAAGAUUCUUCGUACCUUGGUAUCUUAGGAGUGGGCACUCCCUCGCAAAGCUUUCCCCUAAUCAUGGACACCGGGUCAUCGGACCUGUGGCUAGCAUCAACGUCAUGUUCAGGUUGUCCCAGCGGCACGCCUGAAUACAGCUCCUCCUCUUCAUCAACAUAUAAGGCAAACACCACCAACUCAACGACUGGCCAGGCCAAACAGGUCGAGAUUCAAUAUGGCAGUGGUGCCGUUGAGGGAACGCUAGCCUCAGAUACCAUCUCAAUGGGUGGCCUCUCGGUGGACUCGCAGACGUUCCUGCUCGUGAACGAGGUCUCCUCAGCUCUUCUGGGCGGGAAUGUGACUGGUAUCCUUGGCCUCGCCUUCCAGUCGCUCGCGUCGACCGGCGCAGUGCCCUUCUGGCAGGCGCUCAUUAGCAACGGCCAGCUGUCGAGCCCGGAGUUUGCGUUCUACCUCGCCCGGUUCCUGGACGAUACGAGCGCGGCGAGUGAAGAGCCCGGAGGCACGUUCACGCUGGGCGGGACGAACAGCUCUCUGUAUUCGGGUGAUAUCGAGUAUCAUGACCUCGCGGACAGCAGCCAAGAAACAUACUGGCUGCUGACGAUCUCGAACAUGACAGUCCAGGGAUCGUCCGUCGAUCUCGGCACUUCGUUGAAUGCUGCGAUCGAUACGGGCACGACGUUGAUCGGCGGCCCGCAAUCAGCUGUGGAGAACAUCUACGCUGAGAUUACUGGCUCGACCGCAUUGGAGGGUGAUUAUGAGGGCUAUUAUUCAUUCCCAUGCUCGACAACGGUGAACGUUACACUUUCCUUCGGCGGAAAGGAGUGGCCUAUUAACUCGGCUGACAUGAACCUUGGUGUGGUUUCGGGUGACUCCUGCUUGGGCGGUGUCUUCAUCUUGUCGGAGGGCUCAGAUGUCUCUGGAUCUAGCGAUCCUACUUGGGUGGUUGGCGAUACUUUCCUGAAAAACGUAUACACCGUCUUCCGCUCCAGCCCUGCGUCCGUUGGCUUCGCCGAAUUGUCCACCUCAGCCGGCGGGCCGGAGAAGAGCGCAAGUAUUACGACGUCUGGCUUGACUACGCCUACUUCGAGCGGUGGCAGCUCGUCAUCCACCAGUUCAUCUUCCACCAGUUCAUCUUCGUCAGCCGUAGAGUUCGCAAACGCUCGCGCCCUCACUCUGGGCGUCUUGUUUUCGCUCUUUAUCAGCACGCUCUCCGGAUGGACGAUCCUUGCAUGAUGCUUCCUAUUCAUCUCAAGAACGAGAAUCUUUGCCGUUCGACUUUGCAACAUGCUUGGAUAAAUGUGAUCCUGUGCUCCACGUAUUUUCGGCUCGGAGCCCUAGGCUCCUAAUUAAUGAUGGCAGGAGCGAGAUGAAUGGUAACUCUGCAUCCAUAUGCCAGAGCUGAA